AUGGGAAUUCGAAGGCAGAAAAUAAUAUAGAGGAGUGUUGUUUAGGAAUGCCUUGAAAAUUAACGUUUCGUACUAACGGCGGUAGGUAAUUCCAAUCAAAAAUGGGUUGCUGUGGCGGAAGAACCAUCCUUUUCUUCAUCUUAGUCCUUCAAAUGCUGGUGGUUGUGGAGCGACAAGUUUUCGAUUUCCUGGGAUUCAUGUGGGCGCCUAUCAUCGCAAAUUUCAUCCAUAUUGCUUUCCUCAUCAUAGGAAUCUUUGGUGCCUAUCAAUACCGCUCUGCUUAUGUUAUAACGUACUCAGUUUGGUGCCUUAUUUGGUUUGGAAUUAAUCUCACUAUCAUGUCUUUGUAUCUGGAAAUUGACAGACUGACGCAUAAAGAUGAUUGGUUAAGCCUGAAAACUGGUCAUCAGAGCUGGUGGGCAGAAAAUGGCAUUGGAUGUGAAACUAAGUCUUCAACAAAUGAUGGUACUGAGAGUCCAACAGAUGGGUGCUUACUUCUCUUCACAUAUGUGGAAUCAGUUCAAGCUGCGGCAGAAUGCAUAUUGGCAUUUAUAGGUUUCUGGUUAGGCUGUUGGGUCUCCAGGUCUUUUACAGACGAAGAUGACCAUUUUGACUUCAUUGGUGGUUUUGAUUCUAAUUCUGCUCACCAUCCACCUUCAAAAUCAUCGCGAAUGCAAAUGCAACCAAUAUAUAUGUCCACUUGAAAAAGAAGUAAAUUUUGUUGAGAAGUGAUGACUGCCCCAGUGGAGUGGACAUCAAAAAAGUAUUAGCUGUAAUUUAAUUAUUGUAAGUUUUAGUCGAGAAUUUUCAAAGUUGCGGAAGAGAGCUUGGAAGUCAAUGCUGAAGGUCUGAUGGGUUUUUGCUUUUAUAUGAGCAUAACUUAGUGCUGGCAUUCUGGUUAGGCUUAUCAGACUGCUGUGGUGCAUAUGGUUUGGGUAACCUGUGAUGGGAGCGGUGGAAAGGCAGCUGGUGCCAAUCCAGGUUUAGAAUACAGCCUUUGGUUUGACUUGAAUGGAUAAGGUUAUGUUGGGGUCAAUGUCUUAUACUGUUGAAUCCUAAUUUGAGACAUGCAGAAACAUCACUUGACUGUUUUAGAAAAGCUGUAAAAGAGAACAAAUUAUCUAUUAUACUAACCCUGGGUCAGCUUAACCUUUAAACUCCUAGGGAUUGACAUGUAACUUCUCCCUAUAAUAUCCUUGUAUUAUUCAGCAAACAGGUAAUGACAAUACUCAAACUUAACAAAUAGCAGUUGUUUUCUUGAUCUAACACAAAAUUCUUGUCACUGAUUUACAACAAAAGGUGUAGCAGCUGAAAGGGAGAAUUAACAAUUAGAUCUUGGGAGUAAAGGGGUUCCUUGUAAUCAUAUUGUAAACCACUUGGCCCAGAGAUUUUAUGAAAAGCAAUGAUGUAGCUCAUGUAAAUUAAACAAGUCAAUUUAAUCAAUUAUUCAAUAAAUGCACGUUAGUGUUUCCCUUGUAAAAUUUUUAUUAGGUUUGAAUGUAUUAGAUUCCCAGUGUGCAAUUAUAAUCAUUCUAGUUACAGUUGUUCCACGUGUGUAAAUAAUAGUGAAUUAUUAUAAUUUUAAUCUCAAUAUCUGUGGACCCAUGUGUCAACUUUCUUGAAAUGACGACAACUAAUGUACAUGACUGUUAAAGUAUUGACUUGAUUUGUCUCAAUUGGACAGAGUUCCAUUUUUAGCCUAAACAUCUAUUUGGAGUGGUAAGAACUUUUAUUGCUUAUUGUGGCUUUCUCAAAAAUGUAUGCACUUGUUGAUGUGCAGCACAUGAUGGUAGAAGGUUUUUCACAUGUUGAAAGUUAUCAAAUUCUUUCAACAUGCCGGUCAAGAUUGUAGGGAUUUUCUCUUCUGCUGUCUACUGAGGUCCCAUUAAUAUCUAAGUGUGAUAAACUUGAUUUUUGUAAAAGAAAUUAUUAGUGUAACUAUGAGCUUCACUUUUAUAAAUCAGUUUAAUAUGUAACAUUACCUUCUCUCUUUUAUUAUCUUUUUCCAUUUGUAUCUUAUGUAGUUGUUCGUUAAUGUUCAUACCCAAUAAUAACUUUUUAAAACAUAUGAACAAUGUCUGAACCGUUUUAGUUUGAACUAUCUAGUUAAGCUAACUUUAAAAUAACACUUUCAAUACUUCAGAUUUAUGGUAGCUGAUAGUUAAGGGAACAAAUAUUUUUGUCGGUUAUUUCGUUUUCCUUCAUUCCGGGAGUAUAUCUUUUCCUCAGCAAUUGUGAGGUGUUUUCAUCACAGAAAUAGGCAGUAAAGAAAUUUAGUAUUUACCUUACAUUAGUUGCUAUAAAUUGAAUAUCGUGUCCGAUGUUCGUUGCUGCCAUCUCACCAAAUGAAAACGUUAUGUUACGGGACUGUGUUAAAUAUUUUGGAAAGGCAUAGAGAUGUAUAUACACUUAAGUGUCUCACAGGGCCAAGAAUUAAAUAUUGUACGAACUUAGUUACUUAAACAGAAGCAGAUACGAAGUGUGCUUCACAUAACCCGAGUCGAGUCGAAUGUAACAUUAUUUAGUGCAGAAAGUAUGUUAUUUUAUUUUCAUUCGUUUGGUUUGUCUCUAUUUCCAUCAUUCUUUGUUAGCUCACGUAAUUCACCCUAACUAUCCGUAUCGUCUUAAUGCGCUGUUUAACUCUUAGAUGGUGUUCAUUUUGUUUCUGAGUUUGAUUCAUUUGCUAUUUUUUCUUGCUUUUUAAUACUGAAUAAACUGGAUAAACAUUUA